AUGGCAUGUCUUGAGUGCAAGAAAAGGAAGCAAAAAUGUGAUGGCCAAGAACCGUGUGGAAGGUGUGCGAAUUUGAAUGUCAAAUGUAUUUAUGGGACCGACGGACGAAAAGAUAAACGGAAGAAGAUUAAAGAUGGCUCUAACAUGUUCAUUUUUAAAAACCAAACCUUAUUCAGUGACAAAUGUAUUGAUGUAAUUCCACGUUGCUUCUCUCAUAGUUCAAUAGCGGACGGGGAAACAUGCAAUCCCAGCUUUCCCGCCUUCUCAGAUGAGGUGAAUUUUGCUGAUAUGAUUAGCACAGAAAACACAACUGGCAGCGCUCCGCUUCACUUUGAUUCAGACUUUACAAAUAUAGAAACCUUUGAUGUAAACAACUUCUUGAGGCUAAUCGGGGAUCCCUUUUUUUUAACCAAUGAUGACACUUUUGAAGUGAACGAAAUUGGAAAUAGUCAGCCAAUUCUUACAAGAACAUCAAGUAAUAAAUUAGAAACUUCCAUUCAAAGAAACCAUUUGAUCGAAGUUCUUUUCGAAAAUGAUUCACAUACUCCACCAGGAAUUCUCAGAGAUCAUAUUUUAGAGCUGAGUGAAACCUAUGAUGACUUAGAAGCCAUUCAUUCCGAAAAUAAUGGUAAAUUCCUUUUAUCAGCGGUGUUAUGUCUUGGUGCACUAACUCUACGGAAGAGAGAACUUAUGAAUAGAGAUAAGAAUAAGCCACAUCUCAACGGAAUUUCUGAAGUGGCUUCUGAAGCAUAUAAGUACUACACUAUUGCUACAGAUCUCAUACCAAGUGUUCUUGAAACGCCAAACAUUGAUGGAUUCUGUGGCCUUGUAUUAAUGGCAAAUUUCAUGACAUUGAUGAUACCAUUGGAGGGUCAAUUAUAUUUAUCCAACAAUGCCCUGGAAGUUGCAGUUGCACUUAAUCUUCAUCAGCGAGAAUAUUACAACAAGAUGUUAAUAUCCAAUCCAGCUCAAACCGGGGUUUUUCUCUUAUUUUGGAAUUUAUGGUGCUCAUCGUGCAUGUUAGCGACUCUUCUUGGGAAAGAACCCUUUUUAACUGUAGAAACUAUAUCACUUCCUCGACCACAUGAAAUGCAACCUAUCAUGAAUUCAAACCCACUGUCAAUAGAUUUCAUGCGACUGAGAAUUCAAUUAGCUACACUCCAAUCAAAGAUUUUCCGGUCGUUAUAUGUAUACGGCUCGCUUGACAAAGCUUUGCUUCAAGAAAUAGAAACAGAGUUAAGCUUGGUCUCUACUCAUAUAUCUAAUAUGAAGGGUUAUCCUAUUUACGACAAGGAGUUAUUUUACAGAAGUAAAGUACUUAUGUUAGAGCUUUCUUGCCUGAAAGCUCACAACAUCUUCCUCCUAUAUAGGCCAAACCUAAUUCAGAAAAGGUCUUUACACGCCGUUGACGCAGCAAAACACAUCAUACUGGAGAUUUGGAGCCAUUACACCAAACAAUUCCCUAAGAAUGCGCAAGAACUGGUUGAUCAUUUAGAUUGGAACUUCAGCUAUCCCCUACGAUCCGCAACUCUAACCUUAUCAAUUUCAUGUAUUAUUUUACUGAAAUACCAGCAGUCUUUAGAUUUUUCAGAAGAAUACAACAUAUUCGAAUACACUUUAGCUCUGGAUGUCCUCGAUGAUUUGAUUCAAGUAAUUCCGAUUGACGAAAGGCUUGUAAAACUUCUCAAAGUGACUACUAGUGCUACCGUAGAAGAUACGAACAAACUAAUCAAGGAAGACUCCUUGAAAUUCUGGACUAGUAUGCUAGUGUGCUGA